AUGUACCAGUCAGAGCAGCAAAUGCAGGAGCAGCUGUCGAGCCACGAAGAGUUGAUCUCACGCAUGCGCAGCAUGACUUUGGACUUGGAAAACGCUGGACUUCCCGAACUAAGCAGGAAACGGGCCCGCUCUUCGAGCCCGCUCACCACUCCGGACCCGGACAAGCUGCAGCUAACGUCGCCCGAGGUCGAGGAGCUUGUCACGGACCUCCUCGCACCGGAGACGCCUCCGUCACCAACUACGCUGUUCUCCCGCACCGAAGAAACGGAGCAGUACGCGAGCGGCUACUCCAACGGGCUACCUCACGUACAGCUGCAGCAACAUGAACAGACUCAACAGCCGCCGCAACCCGCGCCUCAACAGCCCGUUACGUCGGGCCCGGAGAUCUCCGUCGGGGUCGUUCCGAUCUCAAACCCUAGUUUCAGCCUACCUUCGACGUCCAAGCACUCGGCCACGGGCGACGACGUGAAGGACACGCCACAGAUGGUGCCUGCAAUGGGCGCCACGCCGCCGCCGUGGUCCAUCGGCUCUGACGAAGAACGUAGAGGGAAAGGCAGUGCACCACCACCGACGACAAUGCAUCAGGCACCUCAACAGCCGCUGUCAAAGUUUGAAGAGUUGAGCUCGCGCAAACGCACCAUGACCCUCGACUUGGACAGCGCUUGGUCGCACCAGCACAACAGCAAAGAGGCUCGCAUGCUGCAGAGAGUACCUCCACCGGGUGCUGAGUCUCCACUAUCGCUCAUGGACAUGCGCGACCGACUGAUGACUACACUGGACGAAAAAAGCUGCAGGAACCAAAUCGCGCUAGCCAAGUGCCGCCACCGACAGAUGGACUCGUGGCUACAAGUGAAAGUGAGCGCGCUUAGGAUGGAGGUAGCCAGUAUGGAAUCCACAGUGAAAAAUCUACGCUUUCAGCUGGGCUUGCUCGAGCAGCAGUUGACGAGGGACGUCACGAAGUGCUGCUAG